AGGACAUGAUCGAGUGGAGCGAGAACUUCCUGCGACUACAGCGCUCCGUCCUUCCACCUGCCGACUACUUAGCCUCAUGGCUCAGGCACUGCCGCAUACGAGAUGAAAUAGAAACGCUCGGUGGCGAUCUCACCGAUCUCUCCAGAAUGGUUGUGCCAAACAUGCGGCUGGAUGGCGUCGUCGAAUUUCUUACUGAGACGGCACUCCAGCACAAAGAGCUGCACCGGCUGGCCAAUAAAAAGAAUUGA